GCGCGGGGCAGCCGCAUGGAGCUCCCUCUGCAGCCCUGGGACCGGGAUUGGGACCGGGACUGGGAUCAGGGCCGGGAUCAGGACCGGGAUAGGGAUCGGGUUUGGGAAUCGGGAUCGGGAUCGGGACCGAGGGAGGCCGCCUCCGCCUCCGCCGCGCUCCUCCAACCCCGGGCCGGGCAGGGCCGGGCCCCGGGCGGCUCCUGGCUCCUCGGAACUCCUCCUCCUCCUCCCCUUCCUCCUCCUCCUGCUCUUCCUCCUCCUCCCUUUUCUCCUCCUCCUCCUCCGCAGCUGGCGGGGCUGAGGCGGUGUCUCUCUCCAGCCGCUGCCAUGUCCCGGAGCCCCCACAGCAGCAAUGCGGACGACAAGCCCUUGCUCCUGGAGUACCGAUGCCACCCCCUGCGGCAGGGACCCCCCAGCUCCAUCCCCACCUCCCCGUCCGGCACGCGCAGCCCCGACUCGGCGCCGCCGCUGGGCCCCUUCCCCUUGGCUGAGCCGCGCCGCAUCGUCCUGAGCACGGACAGCCCGGCCGCGCUGAAGGUGGGCACCCAGCAGCUCAUCCCCCGCAGCCUGGCCGUCUCCACCAAGACCAAGAACCCCUCGCGGCCCCUGAGCACGGGAGCGGCCAGCUCCAGCCAGGAGCCCGCGUGGCCGGACCAGAGGCGGGCGUCCAUCCCCAGCAUCAACCUGGAGGAGGAGGAGGAUGAGGAGGACGGCCGGGGGAUGCUGAAGCGCAACCUGAGGAACAUGUCCUACCGUGCUGCCAUGAAGGGCUUGGGCACGGAGAUGGAGCCAGCGGCCGCCGCCCCCUCGCUGAAGCCGAUGCUGGAGGAGGGGAGCGCUCCCCGUGCCCGCAGCCCUGGCAGGAACAAGAGAACCUUCGGGCGGAAGCGGGUGCAGAAGCGGGGCGGCUCGUUCAAGGACCAGCCCCGGCUGUACCAGGAAAUCCGCGAGCGAGGGCUGAACUCGGUCAGCCACGAGUCGGACGAGGAUUUGCUGGAGGAGCCCAUCCCCGAGGAGCCGUCCCCGCCCGACGCCGCGAUCGUGGUGCAGAGCUAUCGCCCCGCGCAGGUCACCUGGAGCCAGCUGCCGGAGGUGCUGGAGGCGGGCGUCCUGGACACCAUAACCCCCGAGGAGCGCAAGCGGCAGGAGGCGAUGUUCGAGAUCAUCACGUCCGAGUACUCCUACAUGCACAGCCUGAGCAUCCUGGUGUCCCACUUCAUGAAGUCGGAGGAGCUGAAGGAGACCAUGACGCAGACGGAGCACCACCACCUCUUCUCCAACAUCAGCGACAUCCUGGCCGUCAGCACCAGCUUCUUUGAAGACUUGGAGAAGCGACACCAGGAGAACCUCGUCAUGCCCGACAUCAGCGACAUCGUGGAGGAGCACGCCUCGAAGCACUUCAACCCCUACGUCAGCUACUGCUCCAACGAGGUGUACCAGCAGAGGACACUGCAGAAGCUGCUAACCACAAACCCCCUAUUUAAAGAGGCCUUGAAACAAAUUGAAAGGAAACCAGAAUGUGGAGGGCUGCCAAUGAUCUCAUUUCUCAUUCUCCCUAUGCAGCGAGUAACGCGGCUUCCCCUGCUCUUAGAUACUGUGUGUCAAAAAACUAAAGCAUGCACUGCAGCGUACGGGGCUGCCACCAGAGCUCUGAAAGCCAUCAGCAAGCUGGUGAAGAACUGCAACGAGGGAGCUCGUGCCAUGGAGAGGACAGAGCAGAUGUACACCCUGCAGAAACAGCUGGAGUUCGGAAAGAAGAAGCCUUUUCCACUGAUCUCUGCGUCCCGCUGGCUGCUGAAGCGGGGUGAGCUCUACCUGCUCUUCUCCGAGGAGGCAGGAAUCUUCCGCAAGGGCUCUGGCAGGGUUUGCUACCUCUUCCUCUUCAACGACGUCCUGAUCAUAACCAAGAAGAAAAGCGAGGAGAGCUACACGGUCAUGAACUACGCCACGCUGGACCAGGUCUCGGUGGAGAAGGUGGAGGCGGCGGAGCCCCCUUCCCCCCCGCCCGCCAAGGCAGGGGGGCACCUGCUGCGAGUGGUGCUGGAGCGCGACAGCGAGGGCAGGCGGGAGGAGGUGCUGCUGGCGGCGGACACGCUGAGCGACCGGGCGCGGUGGGUGACAGCGCUGAUGCACAGAGAGCGGGAGCAGCCCGACACCACACCACGAGGAGACCUGAGCCAGGUGGAGAUAACCCGUGCCUACAUGGCCAAGCAGGCGGACGAGAUCUCUCUGCAGCAGGCGGACGUGGUGCUGGUGCUGGGCGGGGAGGACGGCUGGUGCUGGGGCGAGAGGCUGCGGGACGGUGAGAGGGGCUGGUUCCCCCAGUCCUGCGCCCGGGCCAUCACGAACCGCACGGCGGUGGAGUGCAACGUGCGGCGGAUGGAGAGGCUGCGGAUAGAGACCUGACGUGUAGGAGCGGCACCACGGGGAUGUGCCUCGGCCCUGGCCAGGGGGCUUCAAACCCCCGUGGGCUCAGCCCACGGCAAGGAAGGCAGGAGAGCCUUUCUUCUCGAACUGUGCCUGCACCGGGCGCUCACAGGCACCAGGCUUCGUAGGUCGGGCCUGGGCUGCAGCUGGAGCUGCGGUGACAGCAGUUGGUAACGUGGGACCUGGAGCGGGUGCCCCCGGUCACCCCUCCGAUGUGACCAGCCUGGAACAAGCCCUGAGAAGCAGCUGAGGUCCUGGCCCAGCUUGAAGGGGACAGGGCUCAGCCCCAGCCUGGGUUCUGGGCACUCCCUGCUCCCAGCUGUGUGUGUUUCAGGAAAUAUCCUGCAAAAAAAACCACUUCGGGUCGCAACAGAAUUCAAGCUUAAUUGAGCGAGAGACCAAAUAAAUAGAAAGUCACCUGAGGCUUUCUGUUUAUUUCUCUUAAUUGCGGAGUAAUUAAAAAUUUUUAACCGGUGCUAAAUUAGAGGAGACAGAGUCUAGGAGAGAGACACGAGCUACAUGAGAAAAGGAAGUUUCUGUAGUAAGAAAUAAAAAUGGUUUAAAAAA